UUUACUCAUCACAUCAAAUCACAUCACAUCACAUCACAUCACGUCCUGCUUUUUAAGUUUUUAGUCUCAUGUUAUUUGGCCUCGAGGCCUUUUGGCCCCUACACUGGAUGACAAUGCAUACAUGUAAACAUUUUGGGUAACAACCCAACAGCGGUUGAGAUUUAAAUUAUAAGCCAUCAGAUUAUAAAUCAGGUUUCAGGGAGUGUGUAGGCGAGAGAGGAAGUGUGAAUGGAGAUAUUUCAACAUUGGUAUUACAGUGAAGUGGGAGGGUGUAAAGGGGAGGACGAAUGUAUUUUACUUUUUCUCCCACUUGGCGAUUGUUGCCUUCUACCUUGAAGCUUCACAACUGAUCGUUUGUGAGGCUCUGCAGUUGCAUCGGAAAAGUAAUACUAACCAUUAUCACUUUCACCUUUGCAGGUGCUGAGUGCAGACACGUGCAUCUCUGAUGGCCUCCAAAUUGUCUUGAUAAUACAUCUCAAGAUUUCUGUAUCUGAGUCUGUUUUUCAAUAUGACUACUUGUGAGCCAUCUUAACUUGAGCCAACCACAAUUACAGAAAGAGCACUGUAGGUAUGGCCCAGGACGGGUAUCCCUCUGUGUAUGUGGUGGACAGCCAUGUCACCCGGCCUCCAGUACCACCCAGGCUGAAAAAGGGCCAACGGCGUGCGGGGAUGGCACAGACCCUGCUGGUCCUGCUGGUGAGCGUGGCGUUGUGUGGCAUGACCAUAGAAGCCUGCUUCAUUUACCAUCUCUAUCAAACCCAAUCUGCCCGCUCGGCAUCAUCCUCUAAGCAAAUCGGAGCUGGAGAUGUUACUUUUCCCACUAAAUGGCCCAGUGAUAUUCAUCCUUCCAAACCGGUUGCCCAUCUGACAGAUGGAUACGAUGUCGUUCAUGGAAAACAGGUCAUGGCAUGGAGCAUGACUGCAGACCCACUCCUUUAUGAAAUGGACUACAAAGACAGAAGUCUUAUCAUUCAGAAGGAGGGUUUUUACUAUGUCUAUUCAAAGGUUUACUUCACUGACAACAGUGUAUUUCACCAUUUGGUCGAUAUGCGUACUGAGAAGUAUACUGGAGGAAGCAUUACCCUCCUGGAGUCCAGGAAAUACUCCCCGAGGUCGAUCAAAACGCGAUCCAACAGUUACGUGGGUGGAGUGUUUCACCUUUACAAAAAUGAUGCUCUUUAUGUGAAAGUCAGCAACACCACGAAAAUUGAGCGACACAAAUCCUAUGAGAACAUUUUUGGUGCAUAUAUGAUAUAAAUAUGAUGAUUCAGAAAGUUUGGAGUAAGAAUCAGUAAAAUUGGAUAAGAAAUGUAAGAGAGUCUUCUUGAAGAUUAAUGAUUGUCUUUUUAAUGUAAAACGGAGGUCCUUAACCAGAGUGAGAGGCAGGUGUGAAAGCCACUUUUGGUGUCAGACUGUAAUGACGUUCAGGACUGGGGCUUUUUUACUCUGUGUGAAAACGCUUUUCAAAUAAUGUUUGACCUCCUUAUCAAAUCUGGGAAUUUUUAUACGUUUCCUUGUAUACUUACUUUACAUUUAAUCUCUGAUUGUUACAAAAUGUCUCUUCAUAGAUGGAUAAAAAAAAAUACCUUGAUACAUCGUUCAGUCUUUUUUUAAUUUUCAUACUGCAACUGAGUACAAGCUUAUGCGUCAUUCUAAAGUAAACUUGAACUGUAGCCUUAUACUUUUCUUUUCAUUCUGGCUGUAACACAUACAGCUCACUAUUUAUUUGUUCCUUCGCUGGUAGAGCAAAUGACGAAACUGCUUUAACUCUCCUGUGUUUACUGCAUGUGCAAUAAUGUAGAGAACAAUAACGGAAU